AUGCAACAAAUCGCCGUCGGCGACGAGUUCGACAAGACGCAGUGGGAGAACACGGAAUGGAAGGAGGACCACCGGAAAUGGGUGGCAGGGGAGAAGAGCAAGAGCAAGAGCUUGCCCCUCGAAGCGCCUCCGGAAGCGGCGGCUGCCGGCGACGUCCCCGGCGAGGUCUUCCAGCAGCAGCGCGACCGCGGCGCGUACCUCAAGGAUACGCCCUGGAUCUCGUUCGCCUUCUUCUUCGUUGAAGCGAGUCUAAUCGCCGGCUGGGUGUCUGUGGCGUCGGCGCUGGACUGUGCCCCCGACCAUUCUGUCGCCCUGUCCGCCUUCAACGCCAUCGUCAUGUUCAUCUCGAUCAUGCUGCUCUUCGGCUUGAUGUUCUUCGCGCUGCAGUGGUUGCGGGUGUGCCUGGCGGUGGCGCUGAUCGUGCAGCACGCGCUCGUCUGGUCCAACCCGACCCGGCUGACCGUUGUCAUUGUGCUCGCCUCGGUCCAGUUCCUCCUGACCGUCCUCCAGACGCUCUACUCGUUCAACAAGCGCUUCACGCUGGCCGAUUGCAGGGAC